AUGCGCAUCUUCGUGCGCUCUGUCGAGGGACAAACCUCCGCUCUCGAGGUCGAUGGGCAGGCGGAGGUUCAGGCCGUGAAAGCUACGAUCGCUUCCCUCUCCGGUGUGCCGGCAGAGGAGCAGGUGUUGAGCUACGGAGGGACCAUCCUCGACUCCGCGGCACGCCUGGCGGAUUGCGGAGUCGAGGACGAGGCGACUCUCUUCGUCUCCCUCGAGUUGCAGGGCGGCGGCAAGAAGCGCAAGAAGAAGACCUACACCAAGCCGAAGAAGAUCAAGCACAAGCGCAAGAAGGUGAAGCUUGCAGUUCUGAAGUUCUACAAGGUGGAUUCUAACGACAAGGUCACACGCUUGCGCCGAGAGUGUCCGCACGAGACCUGCGGCCCCGGAGUUUUCAUGGCCAUGCACUUCAACCGCUACUACUGCGGCAAGUGCCACCUCACCUACUUGAUCAAGAAGGACCUGCCGCCACCGCUCGAAGCUUCCAAACCAGCCCCUCCGCAAGAACCGGGCAGAAGAUCAACAUACAGUAAGGAUGUUGAUGACCUACCGCUGGGCACUCUCCCUCAACGAAGCUUCCGAACUAGCUGGAAGACGGUGAGCAAGACGUUGAACAUGCGUCGCCGUUCCAAUGCGGACAUCAAGAAGAAGAGUCAGACAACUGCUAGUACCCGCUACUGCCAGUAA